GUAUUCCUGAAGGGAGGUUGUGGUAAACAAACUCUGGGUCAAUCUGUAAAUUCCGAGUUAAGUUCCCAAAGAGGGAAAACUCCGGGUAUCCAGGACAGCUGAUCGCAAUGAGCUCCAUGGACUCGGAGUUGGUUGAUCCGGAGGUGAUCGCUGGUAGCAGCGCUGCAGCGGCUCAACCUGCUGAUGCUCACGGCAACCUCUCCAAAAAGAGAUCCAGCUACUUCACUCCUCUGGAGCUGCGGCUCCUCCUUCAACUUUAUGAGGAGCAUGCUCAUAUAUUUCGGAAGAAGAGCAACAAAGCAGUAGACGCUAAAGCCAGACAGGCUGCAUGGAAGCACAUCGCUGCCCGAGUCAAUGCGUGUAAUUCAUCUGGAGAAAAACGGACUUGGAUGCAACUGAAAACGAAGUAUAAAAAUAUGAUUAAGAAAGUCAACAGAAAACGGUUCGAGGCUUAUAAGAUCGACGGCGAGCUACUGAUACCGCCCCUGACAGAGGAUGAGGGGCUGGCCAUCUGCCAGAACUCGCCCACAAUGGGUUCUGAAGGCCUCUCUGGACACAACUCACCUGAACCGGGCCCCAAUCAGAACACAGUUACAGAGGACGUUUUUUACAUCGUGGAGCCUCCAGCCACAGCUACAGCUGAGGAGGAUGCUCAGUCAAGUUGCAGCACCAAAAAGGAGGCAGAGGUUCCCCCUGAAAGAACAGCUGAUCGCCACCAGAAUGAGGUUCCUUCCAGCUCCACAGCAAAGCUUAACAAAUUACCAGUAAAUGAGUUAUACAGGCACCAUCUCCUUAAGACCAUUGAGAAAACGGAUAAAGAAAUGCUGUAUCUGGACCGCCAAAUCAGGAAAGCAGACCUAGAAAUUCUACUUCUGGAGCGCCAGUUAAAGGAGUAAAGAAGACCAAAUGACUAUAUAAUUUAUUUCUCUGUUAAAACUGUUUUGAGUCCUUCCAUCAGGGAUGUCUGCAGGGAGGUUAUUUGCAGCGUGACAAAGAUCUUGAUCUUCAUUGGUGGUGAGCCUGGAUCUAAGAGCUGGUCAUCUUCAGCCAAUCAGGACCAGGAACAAAGGACCACGCCCAAAAGCUGCCGCAGAAUUGGAGAGAUCCUUCAGUGACUGCUACAGACUACUACAUCCCUCGGUGCACAAAGGAACACUAUCAAAGAUCCUCCCAGCUGCCAUGCUGUUAGGUUGAACAUUUUUGCUAUUUGGUGUUUCUACAACCAUGCUGUUAUUUGAUGAUCUUUCAGUGAUGUUUUUCUAUCUAUUUUUCACAUUUUUUAUUUAAUUUGUUGUAGAAGGGCAGCUCUGCUUUUUCAAGAGUUCUCCUUCACUGUAAAGUGUUUCUUUUUGCCUUUGCUUUGCUACUGACGCACCUGGUGGACAAAAUUGUUGGUGGCCCUGGUUUAAGGAAAGAAAAAAACAUAAUUGUCAUGGGAAUAGCUUGAAUCUGACUAAAGUAAUAAUGAUAAUUUUAUAAAAAAAAAAUAGAUAAAUGAAGGUCAGACAUUAAUUUUUAACCAUGUUUCAACAGAAUGAUAAAAGAAAAUAAAAUAAACCCAUAAAACAGGCUAAGACAAAAAUUAUGGUACCCUAGGAUGAAUAUAUUCAGCCUAAUGCAACAACAUUUUCGUAUUCUUGUCAUACAUUUCUUAUUUUUUCUCCUACCCUAAGCCCUUACAAACACGCCACAUCAGAUUCAACAAACGUUAGUAACUUCAGUAAAUGAUCCUCAUGAAUGUGAUGCAGUCCACCUGUGUGAUUUACAUAAUCACCACCCAUAUAAUUCUAUAUAAGGCUGGACAAUAAGGCAGCAGAAUUAAAGGACCAGAAAAAGACAGGCGGUGAAGAACUGUAAAUGAUGUGGUUGCACUGUUACAAAAGUAAAAAAAGAAAAAUUAUAAUACAGAUGAAGUUCAAAAAAAAGAAAAAUGCUCCCCAACAUCCCUGCUGCAAGUGUAAUAACUAAUCUGUUAUCAGUGAAUAAAAAUUUCAUUUAUAAUUGCACAGUUGCAUAUUAAUAUAAUGAUGUAGCUUACUAAAAUUGGUUCUAGGUAAAACAAAUAUAGUAAUUUAAGGAAAAAUUUGAUUUGGAUAACAGCUGACUGAUUGCACAGGACUCCUACUCUAAGUACGGAGCUUUCGUAGGUAAAUUUGUUGGUAGCUGGGAGAUUAGAAAUCAGAGAAAAAUGGUGAUUGCGAUAUUUUCUCCUAAAUCACUCAUACAAAGGAUUUAGGAACAAAUUUCUUCUUUUCUAUUAUGGUGAAUUGCAACCAACUUUAAGGUGCAUACCGCCACCGACUGUACAGACGUGUGCAGAAACCCAGGCUCACUUCACCUACAUUCUAUUUUUUUAUUUUGUAUUAUAAGAAAUACGUUUUUGGUACGAACAAUUCUUAUGACCAAAGGGACAUUUUAAAUCUAGGUGUUUCCACUAAUUGGCAACACAGGUGUCUUCAAUCUUCUAAUCAGUCAG